AGCAGCAUUUAGCUCGAAAAUAGUUAUUGGGUGUGCCUUACGUCAUUUGCCAUGCCGACCACUCGUGCCCAACGUGCUACUGCCGCCGUGGCUGCCGGUGCUGCGGCGACCGUGUUGGCUCCUGCGUUUGUGGGCCCUGCAGCCCAAACAAAGCUGAGCGCUGUGACAAGCGCCCCGGCGCCUGUGGCCACAUCAGCGCCUGCCAGCGGAGUUGGCGCUGGAGCCAGCAUUCUUGGCGCCGGAGCAGCAGCUUUGGCAGCAACCGCAGCUGUGCGACCAAACAAGCGAUGCGCCAAGAAGGACAAGGUUGUUCGCCUCGCCACAGCAACCGAAGUGGAUGUGGACACUGAGUGCAUCAAUGCCAUCCGCUUCUUGGCCGUGGAUGCUGUGAACAAGGCCAACAGUGGUCAUCCUGGUGCUCCCAUGGGUCAGGCACCAAUUGGAUACCUUCUCUUCGCUGAGGAGAUGCAGUACAAUCCUGAGGAUCCAAAGUGGGUGAACCGUGAUCGCUUUGUCCUCUCUUCAGGCCACGGCUGCAUGCUCCAGUACUCCCUCCUGCACUUGGCCGGGUACGACAGCGUCUCCAUCGACGACAUCAAGCAGUUCCGACAGUGGGGUUCCAAGACUCCAGGCCAUCCUGAGAACUUCGAGACCGAUGGCAUUGAAGUGACCACCGGACCGCUGGGCAUGGGCAUCUCCAACGCCGUGGGCCUGGCGGCCGCCGAGGCGCACCUGGCGGCAGUCUACAACAAGCCUGGCAUGGAGCUGAUCGACCACUACACCUACACCAUCGCAGGCGAUGGCUGCAUGCAGGAGGGCAUCUCACAUGAGGCCUGCGCCUAUGCUGGCCACUUGGGCCUGGGAAAGCUCAUCGCCUUCUACGAUGACAAUGGCAUCACUAUCGAUGGCCACACCGAUCUCUCCUUCACCGAGGACGUGGGCAAGCGCUUCGAGGGCUACGGCUGGCAGGUUUUGGAAGUGCCGGAGGGCAACACCGAUGUGGAUGCCAUCCGAAAGGCCAUCAAGGAGGCGAAGGCCUGCACUGACAAGCCAACCCUGAUCAAGGUGAAGACUACCAUUGGCUUUGGCUCACCCAACAAGGCUGACAGCCAUGAUGCCCAUGGAACACCGCUGGGUGCAGAUGAGGCGGAGGCCACACGAAAGCAGCUGGGAUGGAACUACGGUGAGUUCGAGGUGCCAGAUCAGGUGUAUGACACCUUCAGGAAGCACGCCAAGGCUGGCUCUGAGAAGCAAGCGGCCUGGAAUAAGAUGUGGAAGGAGUACCAGGAGAAGGAGCCGGAGCUCGCCGCGCAGUUCCAGCGCGCGGUGAUGGACCGGAAGCUGCCCGACAACUGGACGGAUGCGCUUCCCAAGGUGACCCCUGAGGACAAGGGCAAGGCCACCCGCCUCCACUCUCAGGACUGCCUGAAUGCCAUCGCCAACGUGCUGCCCGAGUUCAUGGGUGGCUCUGCUGACCUGGCUCCCUCCAACAUGACUCUGAUGAAGUGCACGGGCGACUUCCUGAAGGACAGCUACUCCGAGCGCAACAUGCGCUUUGGCAUCCGGGAGUUCGGCAUGGGCGCCGUGUCCAACGCCUUGUCCUUGGACAAGACAGGCAUCAUUCCUUACUGCGCCACCUUCACCAUCUUCACCGACUACAUGCGCGGCGCCAUCCGCAUCGCCGCCUUGUCGCAGGCAGGCACCAUCUUCGUGACCACGCACGAUUCCAUCGCGGUUGGUGAGGAUGGUCCUACCCAUCAGCCCAUUGAGACCAUCCCAUCUCUGCGUUUGAUUCCGGACCUCACUGUGAUGCGCCCCGCCGACGGCAACGAGACGGCGGGUGCCUACAAGUAUGCCGUGGAGCGCUCCAAGAACGAGUCCCGACCCACGAUGAUGGCCUUCUCUCGCCAGGCUGUGGACAACUUGCCCAACUCGUCCAUUGAGAACACCCUGAAGGGUGCCUACGAGGUGAUCGAGUGCGAGAAGCCAGAGCUCAUCCUGAUUGGAACCGGCUCCGAAGUGGGACUUUGCGUGGAUGCGGCCAAGAAGCUGGACAAGAAGGUGCGAGUGGUCUCCAUGCCUUCUUGCGAGGUCUACAGGGAGCAGCCAGACAGCUACAAGUCCAAGCUGCUGCCAGCAGACGUGCCAAAGAUGAGCGUGGAGGCUGCAUGCACUGCUGGAUGGGGUGAGUUCGCAGAUGCCUUCGUCGGCAUCGACGUCUUCGGGGCGUCCGCCCCCGGUGGCACCUGCCUGGACAAGUUCGGCUUCAACGUGGACAACGUCGUCAGCUGCGCUGAGAGGCUACUUGAACAUUUAGCUUGCACUAAGAAGCUGAGCGCUGUGACCAGCGCCCCGGCGCCUGUGGCCGCAUCAGCGCCUGCCAGUGGAGUUGGCGCUGGAGCCAGCAUUCUCGGCGCAGGAGCAGCAGCUUUGGCAGCAACCGCGGCCGUGCGACCAAACAAGCGAUGCGCCAAGAAGGACAAUGUUGUUCGCCUCGCCACAGCAACCGAAGUGGAUGUGGACACUGAGUGCAUCAAUGCCAUCCGCUUCUUGGCGGUGGAUGCUGUGAACAAGGCCAACAGUGGUCAUCCUGGUGCUCCCAUGGGUCAGGCACCAAUUGGAUACCUUCUCUUCGCUGAGGAGAUGCAGUACAAUCCUGAGGAUCCAAAGUGGGUGAACCGUGAUCGCUUUGUCCUCUCUUCAGGCCACGGCUGCAUGCUCCAGUACUCCCUCCUGCACUUGGCCGGGUACGACAGCGUCUCCAUCGACGACAUCAAACAGUUCCGACAGACCACCGGACCGCUGGGCAUGGGCAUCUCCAACGCCGUGGGCCUGGCAGCCGCCGAGGCGCACCUGGCGGCAGUCUACAACAAGCCUGGUAUGGAGCUCAUCGACCACUACACCUAUACCAUUGCAGGUGACGGAUGCAUGCAGGAGGGCAUCUCGCAUGAGGCCUGCGCCUAUGCUGGCCACUUGGGGCUGGGCAAGCUUAUCGCCUUCUACGAUGACAACGGCAUCACCAUCGAUGGCCACACCGACCUCUCCUUCACCGAGGAUGUGGGCAAGCGCUUCGAGGCAUAUGGCUGGCAGGUCUUGGAGGUCUCCGAGGGCAACACGGACGUGGAUGCGAUCCGCAAAGCCAUCAAGGAGGCAAAAGCCUGCACUGACAAGCCGACCUUGAUCAAGGUGAAGACCACCAUCGGCUUCGGUUCACCCAACAAGGCUGACAGCCAUGAUGCCCACGGAGCACCACUGGGCGCAGAUGAGGCGGAGGCCACGCGCAAGCAGCUGGGAUGGAACUACGGGGAGUUCGAGGUGCCAGAGCAGGUGUAUGACACCUUCAGGAAGCACGCCAAGGCUGGCUCUGAGAAGCAAGCGGCCUGGAACAAGAUGUGGAAGGAGUAUCAGGAGAAGGAACCCGAGCUCGCCGCGCAGUUCAAGCGCGCGGUGAUGGACCGUAAGCUUCCUGACAACUGGACUGAUGCCUUGCCCAAGGUGACGCCGGAGGACAAGGGCAAGGCCACCCGGCUCCACUCUCAGGACUGCCUGAAUGCCAUUGCCAACGUGCUGCCCGAGUUCAUGGGUGGCUCCGCUGACUUGGCUCCUUCGAACAUGACCUUGAUGAAGUGCACGGGCGACUUCCUGAAGGACAGCUACUCCGAGCGCAACAUGCGCUUUGGCAUCCGCGAGUUCGGCAUGGGCGCCGUUUCCAACGCGCUGUCCCUGGACAAGACAGGCAUCAUCCCUUACUGCGCCACCUUCACCAUCUUCACCGACUACAUGCGCGGCGCCAUCCGCAUUGCCGCCUUGUCCCAGGCUGGUAGCAUCUUCGUGACCACCCACGACUCCAUUGCGGUGGGUGAGGAUGGCCCUACCCAUCAGCCCAUCGAGACCUUGCCCUCUCUGCGUCUGAUCCCGGACCUCACCGUGAUGCGCCCCGCCGACGGCAACGAGACGGCGGGUGCCUACAAGUAUGCCGUGGAGCGCUCCAAGAACGAGUCCCGACCCACGAUGAUGGCCUUCUCUCGCCAGGCCGUGGACAACUUGCCCAACUCGUCCAUUGAGAACACCAUGAAGGGUGCCUAUGAGGUCAUCGAGUGUGAGAAGCCCGAGCUCAUCUUGAUCGGCACCGGCUCGGAGGUGGGUCUCUGCGUGGACGCCGCCAAGAAGCUGGACGGUCAGGUGCGAGUGGUCUCCAUGCCCUCGUGCGAGGUCUUCAGGGCGCAGCCGGACAGCUACAAGAGCAAGCUGCUCCCAGCGGACGUGCCAAAGAUGAGCGUGGAGGCGGCCUGCACCUCCGGCUGGGGUGAGUUCGCCGAUGCCUUCGUGGGCAUCGACGUCUUCGGCGCCUCUGCGCCGGGCGGCACCUGCCUGGACAAGUUCGGCUUCAACGUGGACAACGUCACCAGCUGCGCCGAGAGGUGUCUCAAGGGCGAGCGAGGUGUGCUGUCCAACGGAAGCCAGGGAAAGCACUGA